AUGAGAAACCGGCUGCGGUUCAUUCAGUGGGGCGUGGUCGUGCGUGUUUAUGUUUUGUUUUAGAUUCUGCCUGCGCCAGUCGUCAACAGGUGAACAGGUUCGGGUUCGGACUCGGACACGGACUCUGACGGACGGAUGGAGGCGCUACCCGACCAGCUGGAGGAGUACCUGCCACCUGCGCGCCGUGGCCCGCUGUUGCCGAGGACCAGCAACAAGCCGCUCUUCCAGCGCAAACUGGCACUCGUGCUGGACGCCUUCAUUCUCAACCCAGAUUCCCAGUCGCCGGACGCGUUCGACGCCACUGCCACUGGAAUGCGCACGCAACUGCUGCAGCGACUAAACUCGUCUUUCGACACGUGUCCGUUCACCCUGCAGCGCCUGUCCGAGCUGCUGACGACGCCGAGGCAGCAGUACAACUAACCGCAUCGAUAAGUUCUGGUUGUCAGCGGCAACGAUCCUCCGCAGGUCACGGCCAACGGUCUGUCCGAGGACAACGGCCUCGAGGCCCCCGAGCCCAAGAAGCCGCGCAUUGAGGAAGUCGAGGAGAAGCUGGACACGGAGACUGCCGUCAAGAAGCAAAAUGGCGACCACGUCGAAGACAAGAAAGACGAGGAAGAACCUGCCAAAGAACCUGAAGUGGAUGGUGAGAUGAACGAGGAAGCCUCCAAGCCAGAGGCUGAACCUGUGGAACCUCAGGUUGAAACCGAGACUGCCGAAUCUCCGAAGGAAGCUGCGGAAGAACCCAAAAUUCCAAAUGAGUCUGAAACGCUGCCAGCUGAAGCUGAGAAGCAAGAAGAGCCUGUGGCUGUGUCUGAAGACCAAGAGAUGCCUUAGGUGGAAAAAGAGGCGCCGUUGGUCUCUCCCGAGAAGGAUUUGAGUGACGAAAGGUGUCGAGAGCACUCGAAACUAAGGACGUGCCAAUGCCAACGGAGGAGCAGAGCUGAUUUGCUUUUACUCGCGUGGACAAUUCUCUGACACUUAAUUUAUUUUCUGAUGCCGCUCCGAACUGAGCCUCUAUUAACUCUCACAAACCGUCGAAUUUAGCAGAAGAAUGACACGUAACACGUUUUGUGUUGAACAACGGUGGUGGGCAAUGCAACCCCGUAAUAUUAGUUUCUUAGUGCUUACGCGUUACGCUGCGAAACAUUUAUUUUUAUCUCACCUGUAUUCUAAUAAAGAGAGACAGCUGCUCA